UCUCCGAAGCCACCGAUUGAUUGGUGAACACACGCGCUUCUUCCGGGAAGGCCCCGAAGGCAGGAACUUGGGAAAGGAGUCUAGGCUCUCUACCGGGCUGGGAGGAACUUGUGCCUGAGCACCGGGGUCCCCAUCCGCUGAGGAGAUGGAUGAGGAUGGGCUUCCUCUCAUGGGGUCAGGCAUAGACCUGACCAAGGUGCCAGCUAUUCAACAGAAAAGAACCGUGGCAUUUCUAAACCAGUUUGUGGUGCACACUGUGCAGUUUCUCAACCGGUUUUCCACAGUUUGUGAGGAGAAACUGGCAGACCUUUCUCUUCGGAUUCAACAAAUUGAAACAACUCUCAACAUUUUAGAUGCGAAGCUGUCAUCUAUCCCAGGCCUAGAGGACGUCACAGUUGAAGUGUCUCCUUUAAGUGUCACUGCUGUCACAAACGGAUCACAUUCUGAAACUACUUCUGAGCAAGCACAGCAGAACAACAUGCAGGACUCAGGAGCACAGGAAGGGGAAGCACCGUCAGAAAACGUCCUCACUGUAGCCAAGGAUCCACGAUAUGCCAGAUACCUCAAGAUGGUUCAAGUGGGUGUUCCAGUGAUGGCAAUCAGAGACAAGAUGAUCUCAGAAGGACUGGACCCAGAGCUACUGGAGAAGCCGGAUGCCGCGGUACCUAAUGGCGAAAGUGAAAAAGUCAUAGAAGAAAGUUCAGAUAGUGAGUCUUCCUUCAGUGACUGAGCUGGAUGGUGAGACGCACACAGAAUGUGGAAGGAUGUAUUUACGUUCCAGGAUAGGGCCUAAGCUCUAGCUCUCGGUGAUGAAAAUCACCAGAUGUUACACACCUACCCCAACCUUUCUCUGUUUAAAAAGAAUAAUAAUAAUAAUAAAGCAUUUAUAAUCUUUCAACAUG